ACCAGAAAGGCAAAUAUGAUAAUUUCAACUUGCAACAGACCGGCGAUGGCUGCCUUACCAUCUCCUCCGUCCACCUCACUUUCAAUUCCUACAAAUCCGUUAUCAUCAGUUCCAAAAAUCAUCAAUGUAAUUCAGCUUCCGCCAUUGCUGAAACAAAAACUCCAAAAAUCAAUCAGUUAUAAAACUUCUCAGAAUCACUACCAACAGUUUCUUUCAAGAGAGUUUCUGGGUACUGGUUUUGCUUUAGCACUUGUAAUUGCUACUAAUCAGAGUGCCUCUGCUGCUGAAUUUCCAUCUGUAAUGGAUACUUUUUCUUCUCUACAACUGAAUGAACCUCAAAAUGCUCUUUCUCUUCCAACGUGGGCUAUCCAUGUCUCCAGUGUUGUUGAAUGGAUAACAGCAAUGAUAUUGGUUUGGCAAUAUGGGGAGAAAUCUGGUUAUGAAUCUUGGAAGGGUCUUUCCUGGGGUAUGGUACCCCUUCUCGGAGGUGCAUUUUGCGCGUGCACAUGGCAUUUCUUCUAUAACUCCGAGUCUCUUAGUAUUUUGGUAGCUCUUCAAGCGGCUUUGACCGUUAUUGGUAACUUCACAAUGUGCAUUGCUGCAUUACGCAUAUGCAAAUUAUCUCAACAAGGCCCUGAAAAACUCUGAAAUAUUGUCCAAUGUUGUACCUGUGAUUUCCUCAACUUUCUCCUGGGAAGCAGUGAAGGUCCACCGGAGUCCUAGUAAAUGGCCUGGUAAGCUCCUCUUUCUGCUUUGGAUGAUACUUUAGAUGCCAUAUUACCUUUGUGCAGAUCAUGUACAAUGAUUAAAAAACGACUUGCUCCUCUAUUUUGUAUGUAAUUUUUUUUUUGUAGAUUAACAUGAAAUGAAACAGGCUGUUACUUAUUCAUGUCAGAAGGUUGACUUCAUUAUCGUUUAGAUGACAUUGGAUUUGUGGAAAAUGUAUAUCAAUACUCGUUUUAUUUUA